CUAGAAAAACAAGAAGAAGAAGAAGAAGAACGCUGUUGCUAUGCGACGAUGCUGGAAUACACAUAAGUGGCAGGCAUAAAUCAACAUUUGAGCUAGGCACCCAUAUUUUAGCCGGACUUACCGUGGUAUUUUUUCACAUUCAUUGUUCAACAAUCCAGCCAUGCCUCUUCCAGACACAAUCUACUGUGCCCAGCAAAUCAAUAUCCCACCGCAGCUGCCAGAUAUCCUCAAAAACUUCACUAAGGCAGCCAUCCGUACACAGCCCAAGGAUUUGCUGCUGUGGUCUGCUGCAUACUUCAGUGCGCUGUCUAAAGGAGAGUGUCUGCCUGUCAAGGACAGGCUGGAGAUGAAUGUUGCCACCCAGAAGACAGACACUGGGCUGACUCCAGGCCUGCUUAAGACUCUCCAUAAACAGGUAUUUUCUCUACAAACAUGCAGCAAGGAGGAACUGCAGAAGAAAUGGAGGGGUCUGUGUCUACCCAUGGACCAGCUUGAAGCCCUGUUGUCGCUGGGCAGCUUUAUCUCAGAUAUCGACUGUAUGGAGUUUUUCGCCCUGGGCUGCAGUGCUCUGGGAGGGACCCUCAUGAGUUCUCUGAAGUUUGCCUGUGAGAUCCUGACUGAGGAUGAGGAGGGCGGUGCUGCGAGGAUCCCGUUCAACACCUUUGUCAAACUUUACACCUACCUGGCUCACCUGGACGGGGACAUGCCACAGCUCCACAUUGACAACUUCCUCAGCAGCCUGCAGCCACAAGUCAACAAGCAGAACGGCACGAUUCAGGUUUCCAACUUCUACAUCAGCAGGAAGUGAGGGAAGGAGAGACAGAAAGCAAAGGAAUACAGGAAGGAAGGAAUAGAAGUAAUAAAAUGACAGUGUUCAAUUAAUAAAUGGGCCUGCUAAUACUCUUUCAAGCACAGCUGUUGUUUCAUUACCUAGAAAUUGGUCCCAUUAAUUGUUAGCAUCAUAUUAUUCAUCAUUGUCCAGCUGAACGAGGCUGCUAUUUUGAGCCAGGUUGGAAUCUUUUAAUGAGCAGCAAGAGAGGCACAAAGUUUCCUUACACAAACUGUCAGGUGGAGUGUGUGUAUGCUUUUUAUUGCCUGUUCCCUUAUGUCUGGGUUAGCCAAAGUUCAUUUAUCACACACACACAGCCUAUCAGCUUGCAGCAUCACCGCAUUUGGCCUCUCAGCUGGUGUAUUCACUUCGCCGAGCAGAUGAAAAAGAGGAGAGGUAAGGAGAUUUUCAGCUCGUGUUAAAGACCUAAAACCCCCUGUGUUUUGUUCACUGCUCUAUGUAAUAUUGUAAAUGGCCAAGUACAAAUGCAAACUCAGACAGGUUUAUUACACUAGUCAGAGCACACAAAAUAACAUGCAGGGCCAAGAAAAGAGGCACAUACACACAUGCAUAAAUCUCACACCCAGUCUCUUCAGCACAUAAUUUUAGAUUUACACAUUUUUAAGACACUCAGGUGUCAGUGUGAGAGCAUAAUCUGUGGUCACAAAGGCACAAUAUGACACUCUUUUCUCAUGAACUGUUUUUUUCCUCAAACACACACACACACACACACAGGCUUGUAGUUGUGUCAUUUUGUGAGUAUUUCAUCAGGCAGAACAGGAAACAGGAUCAGUGGGAAUUCACAAUUCAAGCACAGUUGGCAGUAGGUUUUAGGGGUGGAGGAUACAUACACACACACACACAUACACUGAAGCUUACCCCUUGCAGGAUUGCAGCUGUGGCUGAGGCAAAGGGAUUGAAGGACAGAUAGAAUCUCUGAUAACCUGAUAACUGCAUGCUCUCCACCCGUAUGACACAGCAGAAAAGAAAUUUAGUCAGGGCUUAAAACAGAGAUCUUUCUGUGAACCACACAGUAGAAUUUAAAUCAUGUUGACAAUAACUCAGUAUUGGUUUUAAUCUGCUCAGAAUACUUUAAUGAUAGGGAAAUACAGAUUUUGAUAGAUACAUUGUUUCUGUUCAAGUGGAGUCUGAAACUGAGAUAUUGGGUUGACAAAGAUUUUGGCAUUCUAGCCAUCAAAACUGUUUUUAUUAAAUAACACCACACAGCCAUAGCCUAUCAUGUACAAGGAUGUGGAUGACCCAGCUUGAAUUAAAAAGUUAAAUAGAAACUUAUAAUUUUAAGCUACACUAAAAUGAUUUCCCAAGAAGGUUUAAACACUAUUUGCUAAAUAGAAAUAGAGACAAAUUUUGACUUGCACUCUUGUGGUCCUGCAACCACAGGAACCAAAAAUCCCCAAAACCUUUUUUAGGAAAUCAGGAACUUCCAGUUUUGGUUCCAGGGCCAUAGUUCCUUCUCCCCAGAAAGCCCCUGCUCCCAAGUUGGUACUUUCCAGUGGCCCAGGAUCUUUUGGGAUUGAGUUUGCAGGGCUGAACAUUGCUGACUGCAGCAGUUUGUGGACAGUAUUCAUUCAAACUGUAAGCACGCACGGCCUGCUAGUAUCAAUAUUAUGACAUCCAGUGGGAAUUUUGUUUCAUUUUAGUGGCAUUUUAAAUUACGUUUUGUUGUUGACUGAGAAAGACAGUGGACAAGAGAAGCAAAUCUAAAAGUUUUCACUGUGGUUAUUACAACAGAAAAAAAAACAGUUUUCUUUAGAAGCUUUAGAGUCUUGCGUCUUGCCUUUUUCAAUAUCCCUUUUGACCUCUGCUAGUCUUCCUUCAAGUACACUGUAUAUUUAAAAAUCCCACUCUCAUAAUAGCAAACUACAAAGAGCAACACUCUGCUGUCUCAAACCAAACUACGGUUCUACUUCCGUUUCAGUUAUCGGUCUAAAACUGAAACCACUAAAACGUGCACUACUACUACUACUACUACUACUACUACUACUACUACUUGCACUUGAUCUAUUGAGAAAUGAUUGUUGGGUCACACCUGUCCUGGAUGACAAUUCUAGUAAAGUAAAUUGUAAUUUAUAUUCAUGUAUAAUUUACCUAGACAAUCCACUAUGGACCUUGUUACCGUGUAUUGAUUAUCACGCCUGCCAUUAAAGACAAGGAGAUACAGCUGAAACACAGAGAAAUAUUCCUGUAAUACAGACCUUCUGAAAUAAUGACUCUUUACUGUCCGAUACUUUCCACUUUUCACCAUACAGUGUGAAACAGUGACAUUUGUAGGCCUAUCCUCAAAUUUCUAUGCAACUAAAACUUAUUUUUAGGUGCAUCCUCCAUCCAGUACAGUGGUACAGCUUCAGAGCUGUAUGCUCCAUUCUUUUAGGAUGUUGUAACUUGGGAGAACCAUGAUGUUAUUGCAAAGAUGUCAGUGUUCUAGGAAGCCCAGCUCCAGGGUGGACCUUGUUGCACAACUUUUACUGUUUCUUCAAGCUUUGCUCAUAACAUCACAUCUCCAGGGACACGACGAAUGUAGCAGAGCAGUGCGAAAGACACAGGAGAACAGCGAGUGGACACAAAGGCCCCAUUUUAGCAUUCCUCUCUGUAGCUGUUGUGUAACAGAUUUCAGGGAAAGAUUGAGGGAAAACAUGAUUCAUGCUGGAUGGAUGGAUGGAUAUUUUAUCAGUCAGCUCUAUUACUGUAGUCAAUACAGCUGUACUCUAUUUUGUUGACAGCAUGUUAGGGAAUUGUGUAAAUUAAUUGGUUGUUUUUACAUGAUUUAAUCAGUCUAAAAUUCAUUGUUAUUAGUUUUUAUUAGUUAUCUAUUAGUCUUAAUAAUAACCUUAAUAACAAAUAUCAUGAUUUUAUAAGUCAACGGUGAGAUACAGUAACUGGGACAUUUGCAUUAGCUGUUCAGUUGUAUGUGUAUUGCUUACAGACUGUACUGUACCAAUGUCAUAGAUGUCUAACAACAUACUAUAUG